AUGAAAUGGCCCGGUAGACGAAUUGAAUCACGUUUACGUGCAUCAUUUCGACGUUUAUUCGGUAUCCGUGAAAACAGUCAUAUCUCUAAUUUAAUCUGUCAUGAACCUCGUCAUGCGGAGUCAUUACCAACUCAGGAUUUAGAACAUUUCCAUAAAACUUUUCAUUCCACACCUCAUUCGCUGCCUAAUAUUGAUGCUGUUGACAAUUUCAAUGGUAGUGGUGAACAUAUUCAUCAUCGGAACGUUGAUGAUGAUGAAACAUAUAUUAACGAUGGUAUAAUUUCACCUGAUAUAGAUAUAAAUAAAAUGAGUAAAUUAUGCAAUUCACGGUUCUCAGAUAAAUCACUCAUACAAUGCGGAAAGAGCUGUGGAGAACACUGUCUGUCUAUAGUGCUAAAUAAAGAUGACACUGAGUGUAUGAAAAAUGGACAAGGGGAAGAAAUCGAAGAGGAAUAUUCAUCCUGUACACAUAAAUCAGAUGAUGGUGAUGAUGAUGAUGCUGCUGACAAGAGCAUUCAGUACUUUAAUGAUGGUAAAAAGGUGACAGUUGAAUCAAAUAAAAAUUCGCCUGUGAAACAGAUAAGAUCUAAUUAUCACCUAGAACAUACUUAUUCUGAAUAUGCACUAAGUAAGCAACAACAAGGUGAAUAUGGCAACGAAUAUAUCAGAAAAUCUACAUCAUUUUCAUCAAAUUUAACUAUUACACCAAUAAAAGAGUUGAAUAAAUUAAAACAAUUUCGACUUCCACAAGAAGAUUAUGCGAAACAAUGGAAUCCGAGUAUAAAUUUUUGUGAGGUUGAUAAUGACUAUGUUGACGAUGAUGGUACUGAUGAGGAGAGACGUUGUUCAAAUGGCAAUCUAACAAGUGCUGAUGACGAACAUUAUUUUUGGAUGAAAUCAUCCUCUCUAUCAUUAAAUCAUAUAGGCAUCUAUGAUAAUGAUGCUGGUGAUGACCUCGAUGGCUCAUGUGAAGGUGUGGAAGAGUCUCUGCCAAGGAAACGAAAAUGGUGCAAAAAUAAUGUUAAGUCAACACCACCGACUAAUUCAGAUAAGUGUGAUCAUACAGACGAAUACAAUAAAGUAAGGGAUAUAUAUUCUCCAUCUUAUGAAUCAUUUCAAAGAGUAAAUCAAGAAUGUAGAGAUAACAGUGAAACUCAUCAGUUGUCUUUACCAUCUCAAUAUUUACUGCCACACUUACAAUCUGGAAAAUCAAUAAUUCAGAGUACAACAGCGAAAUGUGAAAAUUACGGCGAAAAUAGUGAUAAACAGCAUUUCAAUCGAUCAAAAACUGGUUCACUAAGGACUAAUAAUAAGUUGGAAUAUGAUUGUUCAUGUGAAACAAACACUAAAAGGUUGUAUCAUAAUCAUCAUCAUCAUCAUCAUUACCAUAGUCAUCCCCAUCAUCAACAACAGCACCGAAAACAUCAUCGACGAAUCCAACAAGAGAAUCAACAUGAUUCUAAUUGCACAGCUACAGGUGUAAGAAAUACUAAGAACCUGAAGAAAUACUCAACGAAGUUUGAUAACAUUUCCCUGGGCAAUUCUACAGACUCUAGAGAGUGUGUUUCACUAGCAGAAUCUACUCGUAAACCAUAUUCAUUCCGCAUACAACGUGGAGAUUUAAAGUGGUUUCAUCAAUGUGGCACUCGAAAAGUGGACAGAAAUACAGCAAAAUCUUGUCGUAAAGCCAUGAAUACAAAAACAUCGACAAUGGCAGUAACACCAGGUGAAAUAAAAACUGGUACUUCGCAUUCUAGACUAUUCGUAGGUGGAGCAGGAGAAAGGAGGAAAUCAAUAGUAAAGACCACAAAUACCGUUACACCGAUAACAACAACUGCAUUGGAGGCACAUUAUGGGCACACAAAUCAAAUGAACAAAGAGUUAUCCAAGAGUGCGGGUAGUAUCGUCAAAGAAAAACGUCUACACAACCAUGAGUGCAGCGCUAAUAAAAAUUCUUUUGUACCAUUGGAUUUAGCCAGUGUACCGAAGAAACAUGGUUUAACAGGCAAACAUGUGGUUGGUCGGAGUCAGAAUUCAAAGUCAUGCGCAUCAGACGAUGGUGAUCAGGGUACCAGUAAUGAAAAGCCAACAUUGAAUAACCUUGUCAGUAGUUCGACGAAUUCAACAAGACAAAAUGAUCAAGCCUCAGAAUUACAUUCCACCAAAUCUCCAGCAUAUCGUAAAAAGUAUCAACGUCAUUUUCAUCAUCACGAUCACCAGGAACAACAACAACAGCAAUAUCAACAUCAUGACAAACAGCAUGGAGCACUGCCACCAAGUAAGGAUUUAGAUAAAUGUCCAACAGGUCGACAUCCGGAUGUUAAUCCAGAAAAACCAUGUAUAUGUAUUAUGGUUAAACGUAUGGUUAUCGAACAAUCGAAGCCAAUUAUUCAUGAAUGGCAUUCUACACCAAAGCGUAUACACUCUGUGUCAUCAAAAACUUCAAAAUUGUUCAAACACACACAUGCUAGUGAUUUGGAUUCAAAUUCCACGAUAGCACCAAAUCUACCAGACUUUCAACUGAUCCGUCCAACACGUAUGGUUCGUGGUGGUCAAGGUACAGUGGCACGUGUUACAAAUCCUACGACUGGACUGAAUUAUGCACUGAAGUUUAAAACACGUGAUCAACGUUCUGAUAGUACAUGGGUAAUUGAAAAACGUGAAGCCCAUUUGCUGCGUUAUACAAAUCAUGAAUUCAUUGUAAAAUUAUAUCAUGUGUAUGAAACAGAAGAUGCCUUAUUUAUGGCAUUAGAAUGGUUAGAUGGUGGUUGCCUAUGGAAUCAUAUUGCUAAAUAUGGUACAAUGCCAGAGUGUUAUGCUUUAUACUAUGCUUCGUGUGUAUUAUCUGCAUUACAGUAUUUGCAUUCUAAGCAGAUUGUCUAUCGAGAUAUGAAAGCAGAGAAUAUUGUACUCGACAAUCGUGGACGACCAAAAUUAGUUGAUUUUGGUAUGGCUAAACGUUUUCAUUUCAAAAGAAAGUCAAUUGAACAUAUUGCAAAUUCACCAUCAAUUGAAGUGAGUACAAAUGACUCAGAGAAUUUUACUGAUCAACCACCAACACGUUAUUAUUUUGCAGCAUAUUUAGCUCCAGAAAUAUACGAUCACACAGAAUGUAAUAAUCAAUUAAUUGACUCAUGGGGAUUAGGUUAUAUAAUUAUUGAGAUGAUACUUGGUUACGGCAUAUUCGAUCCAAUGCCAUGGGAAAAAGAUUCAAAAAAUCAUUUAAGUCAUCAAUGGAAACUUGUACUUCCUGCAAAGUCAAGUGCAUAUCUAUCAAAUUAUUGUGAAGAUCUUAUUUAUAAAAUGUUAGUUCGUAAUCCAGAAGAACGCUUAACACUUGAUGAAGCUAUGAGGCAUGCCUUCUUUUCACGUGUACCAUGGCUACAUUUAACUACUUUCCGUGGUCCUGAUCUUUCAAAAUGUCGUCCUAAAGAUUCAACUCAAAUGAAUACAAGCACUAGUUCACGAUCUGAUCAACAUCGAUUAUUGACAAUGUAUGAUUCACAAGGUCAAAUACCAGAUAUGAAUUUUGUCAAAGAAUUUGGUGUAUUUUAUACCUCUACAAAACGUAGUUCUUUUUUAUCUAAACGUCCUAAAACUCAACGAUUACAAGUGAGUAGACCAUUAAGUAAUAAUAAAGAUGUUCCAUCAAAUGACAGAAUUCGUAUGACUGAUGUACGUGGACCAAGUGAAGUAAAAUCCAGUAGUCAUGGUUCAAGAAAUGAUUGCCGAAAAGAAGUUCGUAAAAGUGGGAAGUCUUCAGGUCAUUCAGGUGUACAAGCUGUUUAGAAAGCAAUACUGUAUGUUUUAAAGUCU